AUGAGCAUCACAGUCAACGGCGAGUCUCGCGUACCGCCGGGGUUCCGCUUCCAUCCGACGGAGGAGGAGCUCCUCGACUACUACCUGAGAAAGAAGGUCGCCGGCAAGAAGGUCGACUUGGACAUCAUGAAAGACGUUGACCUCAACAGGCUCGAACCGUGGGACAUUCAAGGCGAGGAUCUCCGAUUCCACCGCCGUUAAUGUUUCCAGUUAUGGAAGGAAAUCUCCGGCUGAAUGGUUUUGAUCUCUCAGAGAAGUGCAGGAUCGGGUCGGCGCCGCAGAACGACUGGUACUUCUUCAGCCACAAGGACAAGAAGUACCCAACGGGGACGAGGACGAACAGGGCGACGGCGGCGGGGUUCUGGAAGGCUACUGGUCGGGACAAGGCCAUCUAUGGCGGGGUCAAACGCAUCGGAAUGAGGAAGACACUUGUUUUUUACUGCGGAAGGGCCCCCAAUGGCCAAAAGUCAGACUGGAUCAUGCACGAAUACAGGCUCGAGGAGAGCCGAGACGACGGCUCCCAUUCUUCUGUGAGUUGACUUCCUCAGUCUUUCUUUUCGUGGCUCGGAGCUCAUUCGUUUGAUUAUUUAUCCUGUCCAUUAUCGCUUAGUCUUGUAGCCAGCUGGUAGAGACGGACACGCCGGAGGAGGGCUGGGUGGUUUGUCGGGUGUUCAAGAAGAAGAGCCAUUAUAGGAUUCCGGAGAGUAGUAGCUCGAAAAACACUUCAUCUGUAGCAGGCGCCGCCAAGACGAAGGAGAUUUUCCGCUCCUGCAGCGAAGGAACACUGGAUCAGAUCAUCCAGUUCCUCUCUAGAUCCUGUAAGCACGAGAACGAGUUCCCGAUAGUCAACCCCAUCCUCACUGACGGUGGCUACGCCGUCACCGCGUCUCGUGGAGCCAGCGUGGAAAGUCAAGCAAAGCUUCCCCCGCUCGAGAAUCCGAGCGCGAUAUCGCUUCCGUUCGAUUGCUCGCCUCACGUCGGCCGGUCGAGCUACCUCCAAGAUAGUAUCCACGUGCUGCUAAGCGUUGACCAGGGGUACAACGAGGGGCCAGAAGUCAACGACUGGGCGGCGCUGGACAGGCUCGUCGCUUCCCACCUCAACGGGCAAUCGAGCUGCCCCGAGCAGGCUGCCUUCAGUUUCUGCCCUACCAUCAACGGUCUGCUCUACGGCGGCUGCGGCGGAGACUCUCAGGAAUACAACCCGGCGGACAUGAAUCUCUGGGCUUUUACGAGAGCUCCGGAUUCAGAUUCACCGUCAACGUCCCGUAGACAAUCCGCAAGCGUUGACUAA